AGACUUCAAAAGUCAGCGUUCUCUUUUGUCUCGUCUGCUUCUCCCUUCUCUUCCCCAGACGAAAAUUGCAGAGGCCAAAGGUACAGAGAUUUUCGGAGCUUUGCCCCCCCUCCCGCGAGAUAUGGACGAUGACUGGGACCUUCACGCGGUGGUCAGAGGCUGUGCCGCCAUCUCCGCCGCAUCAACCACCGUCUUCUCCGCCGCACCCUUCCAAAACCCUAUCUUUUCCCCUGUUUCCGGCGAACGACAACAUGGGUACAUCGACAACGCCGUCUUCGGAGAGCUUCGAGACAUCUACACGCCGUUCGCGCUGGAACCAAAUGUGUCUGUGUCUUCGUUUACUUGCCUGAAUUACGCAGAAGAUCUGAGACAGCAACGGCAGACACAGAAGCGGCCUCUAUCGGUCUCUGUUUCUUCCGGUAGUGUCACCAGCAAACUCGCGAGUUCCAACAACUCCAGAUCUAAAAGAAGAAAGAUCCAGCAGAAGAGGGUAUGCCAUGUAGCAGCAGAGGCUUUGAACUCCGACGUCUGGGCAUGGCGGAAGUACGGACAAAAACCCAUCAAAGGUUCUCCUUAUCCCAGGGGAUACUACAGAUGUAGUUCGUCGAAGGGGUGUUUGGCCCGGAAGCAAGUGGAAAGGAACAAAUCGGACCCGGCGAUGUUCAUCGUCACCUACACGGCGGAGCACAACCACCCAGCCCCCACCCACCGCAACUCACUCGCCGGAAGCACCCGCCAGAAGCCCUCCGACCAUCUCCCCUCCUCCGCCGGAUGCUCCUCGUCGUCUCCGGUCACGUCUUCCGAAGAUUUGCCAUUUCCGGUGGAAGAUCUGGCUGUGGGGGAUCUCGACGGGGACGAGGAUCUUCUGUCGAUGUCGGACACGGUGGUGAGCGACGAUUUCUUCGAGGGGCUGGAGGAUUUUGCCGCCGUUGACUGCUUAUACGGGAUCUCUCCGGGGAGUUUCGGGAACCUUUGGAUGGUCAGCAACACCGCGGCGACCGCCGGUGGAACCUGAUUCGCCGGGAAAACAAAAGUAGUGGCGUAGUGAUACUCUGUAGGAAAGAGAGAUUCUUGGAAUUAUUCUCGGCUUAUGUAAAGAUAGGAAUACGUCUUUUCUCAUCUCUCUUCUUUUUUUAGGUUUUGUUUUGUACAUCGUUUCCGUUCCAUCUAUCAUGGAAUUAUUAUUAUUAUUAUUAUUAUUAUUAUUA